GUUAAGUUACGCUUUAUGCCUCGUAAACAGGAUGGGGAGACACCACUGGACUUCGUGCGUGACCAAAACCACCGACGUUUCCUAAAGAAUCUGGCUUUUGAGGUUCCCUACCACAAACUGAUGAAACAGUCCGGUGGAGUGAAAGUGGACAGGUUUAAACUGUGCUUCUGUGGACCACAGGAAGCUGGCAAAUCUACUCUGGUGGAAACUCUGCAAACGGGAUCUUUCGUGGGCUUCUUCAGAGAUCGAAUGACUCCAGACGACCAGCCACACGAGCCCACCCCAGGUGUGAAUGUGGGAACAACCAACAUUCCCGGCGUGGGGCAGGUCAGUGUGUGGGACUUCGCUGGACAGUCGGAGUACGCGGUAACCCACAGCAUGUUCAUGGACGCAGAGAACACCAUCUUCAUUGUGUUGUACAGCAUCAUGGACGAUAUCAACACACAGAAGAAAAAGGUCCACUGGUGGCUGUGUUUCAUCAAGUCCUGCAACACAAAGAGUAAACCUUACGUCAUCCUAGUGGCCAGUCAUGCGGACCAGACUGAUACAGGUCAUCAACGAGCAUCUUCCAUCCUUGAGCUGAUGACGUCAACGUUCAAGGAUCACCUGAACAUCUCAGACGAAGUGUUUCUCCUCGACUGCAGGAAGACUCGUCAGACUGACAUGUGGCGUCUUAAAGACCUUCUGGCAAGACUUAAGACCGAGCUUCUGGAACAUCAGCGAGCCAUUCCCAAGCUGUGUGCUGAGAUCUUGAAGUGCCUUCCGAAAUGGGCCAAGGAGAAGUGCAACCCAAGGUGUCCUGUCUUGAGGUGGACGGAGUACAAAGAAGCAGUGAUGGAGAUGAUGGGGGUUGACCAGCUGACCAAUGAAGAUUUUCUCAAGACGUCUUCGCAGUACUUGGCUCACCUUGGAGAGAUCUUGUUUGUGUCCACAACUCCGGAGCCCAUCGUUAUCCUGAAGCCCAACUGGCUCUGCACAAAUGUAUUCGGCAAAGUGAUGGCUCCAGACAAUUUUCCCAUCAAACAUCUGAGAACCGUCGACGACGUCGUCACGAAAGAGGAAAUCCAGAGGGUGUUCCAAGAUGUCGCCGAUGUAGAUCUCCUGAUCACCCUGCUGCAAGAGUUCCAGCUCUGCCACACCUAUGACAGAAAGGAGUUCAUCAUCCCCGGGCUGCUGACACAGACCAUGCCUCCAGAGAAGUGGCAGCCAACUGCGACCCCUGCCAAGACCGUCUACUUCGGCAAGCAAGUCCAGUGUGCCGACACCACCGACAUGUUCUCCUCCGCGUUCUUCCCCCGUGUGCAGACGCGCCUGAUGAGGGAACUGAAAAACCGCCCGCUGCUGUGGAGAGACGGAGCCAAGUGUUUCGACUCCAACGUAGAAGGCCUCAUCAAGCUCGCCCCAGACGGCCGUGCGGUCAACAUCUGCGUGCGAAGCGAGCAGGGCGACAAGCCGAGCUGCCGGCAGAUGCUCGAGAAGAUUGAGAACAUCCUCAGCAAUGUGCUCGACGAGGUCAGUCCAGGCACUACUACAGAGGAAAGGGUGCUCAGCGCUCGUGCACUGAAGGAGCACAGAGAAGAGUUCUACUCCUACAGCAUGGAUCAGAUCAACAAGGCCAAAGCAGAGGACGGCAACGUCCAUCACGGCAUCCUCGGCUUCUCAGAAGACGUCGAUGACCUCCUGUGUGGCGGAAGAGACUAUGAAGAGGAGCAAGGAGCUGUUGGAUACUCGCACCAGGAGCCCCGCGUGUACGAGAUGCACAACCACAUCAUCAACGCAGGCGAUGGUGCCAUCAUCAACAUGUAUCAAGGUGCCACAGGACAACUGGAACAGCUACAGUGGGAAGGGGAUGUUGGACAGCCACAGUUGGAAGGGGAUGUUGGGCAGCCACAGUUGGAAGGGAAUGUUGGGCAGCCACAGUUGGAAGGGAAUGUUGGACAGCUACAGUUGGAAGACAAUGUGUCCGAAACUAGCUCAGAUGAAGGGCUGGCCAUGGAAUGAGCAAUUGACAGCUAACUAUACCCUGUGUGCUAUCUGAAUUUGCUACGGGCUUCUUAAACUCAAAGCUAACUCUUUCAUUUCUUGCCAAUGGCGAUGAUUCAAAGCCAAAAAAUAAAAUCCCAAGGGAUUAAACUGCAGUCGGUAGAGACCCCAACAGGGGGCGUCUCUGUAUCACUCUGUCAACGACUGAUCACAGUCAAAGCUCACGGAUCCAAAGUUUCCAUGUUGCCUGACCAAACAUAACCUCCUUGCUGAAGGUAUAAACUUCCCCGUCAC